UAGUGUGCUGAGGUCAACGUACUGUACCGUGAGUAACGUUACAGUCAGACUAACGCAGUUCUUGACUUAGCUUAUUUAAUUGAAAGUAAGCCCUCAAUGUUAUAAAGGAGGAAAGGUCCUCUAAAUAUGAUAGCCAGCUGGAUAAUAAAUAGAGAAAAGGGCGCGUCGCAAACAAAGUAACGGGGAAUUUAGUCUACCACGCUGAUCACGAAGGAAACGUCUAGAAAUUAGUCCGUACUGAAGUGUACUGCAGCCAUUUUCGCCGGUCAAAAGGACGAACGCCAAUUGCUGGCUAAUUACAUCAACAAGCGUCUCAGUAGCGUACCAAGAUAGCUAAAGUCGGCGAACUAUCAAAACUCCAAAGCGAUAUCCUGCUAGCUAUCACCGUAGUCUAAACCGACCCGCUAGCGAGGGAGCUAGCCAAACUGGAAACCUGGAUAUGAAGAGCCUUCCGUAUUUUUGCAGGGGAGAGGUUAUACGAGGUUUCGGGAGAGGAAGCAAGGAGCUGGGGAUCCCCACAGCGAACUUUCCAGACUCGGUGGUGGAACACCUCCCUGCAGACAUCAGCACGGGGAUCUACUAUGGCUGGGCCAGUGUCGGGGGUGGGGAUGUGCACAAGAUGGUCAUGAGCAUUGGCUGGAACCCCUACUAUAAGAACACCAAAAAAUCCAUGGAGACCCAUGUGAUUCACACCUUUAAGGAGGAUUUCUAUGGUGAGAUCCUGAGUGUGGCCAUGGUGGGCUACAUCCGGCCAGAGAGGGGCUUUGACUCACUGGAUGCCCUUAUCACAGCUAUUCACGGUGACAUCGAAGAGGCCAAGAGGAGGCUUGACUUACCUGAGCAUGUCAAACUGAAAGAGGACAACUUCUUCAGGACGUCAACCAAUCAGAUCAUGAAUGGCCACUGACAGCCCCCCUCCCCCCAAUUCUCCAGCUUCGUGAAGCAUGUCUGUUUAACUACUCUGCUGUCAUUAGGGUGUCCUGUGUAAUUUUUCAUUUAAAAUGUGUUGUAAAAGCACAUAAAUGUUGCUUAAAAUAUGCAUUCAACUGUAAUUUUAGACUGAGGAGGUUCCUCCUGCAGUCUCCAGAGGGGCAUUUUGACUAUGUCUUGUAGGGGGGAGGUCCCACAAGCCCUGACCUUGUAUUUGUGAGCCUGUCCUUGAUCUGAUACUGGUCUGCCUGGUCUGCAUCUGUCUGCCCUUGUUGACUGCACAGGAAACUGAAGGUCAGACUGGCCAGUUCAUCUUCCUCUGCUUGUAUCUGCAUCCAGGUCAUUGCUCUGUAAAUUCAGUGGUUAGCAGGCUUUGCUUGCUUUAAGAAAGCUCUCUUAGUGACAAAAACUAUUUCAUGGGCAUCACUUUGGAGCAGGCACUGCACUGAUCUCU